GUUUUUUCUAUGACUGACAAUGAGAGCGGUUGACUUGACUGAACCUGGUUUUGAUUGAACGUUGUUCAAGCUUUACCAGUUUUCCAUGAACACUCAAGGAGCCUCAUCGUCAUCAUCACCACCUUCUUCUUUAAUACCUCGGUGGAAAUAUGAUGUGUUCCUCAGUUUCAGAGGCAUGGACACCCGCUAUAGUUUUGCAGACCAUCUGUAUGCUGCUUUGAUAAGGAAGGGCAUUUUCACCUUUAGAGACGAUGAAAAACUUGAAAGAGGAAAAUCCAUUUCCCCAGAACUCUUGAAAGCAAUUGAAGAAUCGAGAUUUGCUGUUGUCAUUCUAUCAAGAAACUAUGCAUCCUCGACAUGGUGUUUGGAUGAGCUUGCAAGGAUUGUCAAAUGCAGGGAAGACAUGGGACUGAUAGUUCUGCCAGUUUUUUACUUUGUAAGUCCACCUGAUGUUCGGAAUCAGAGGGGAACUUUUGAACAAGCCUUUGCAAAACACAAAGCAGAUAACAUACAGGAGGUAGAAUCAUGGAAGAAUGCUUUGAGAGAAGUGGCUAAUCUCUCCGGUUGGCAUUUACAGGAGAGGAAAUAUGAGUCAGAAGCUAUCCGAUAUAUUGUGGAUAAUAUUCUACAAAGAUCGAUGUCAAAAUUCUCAAUCAUUACCAAAGACUUGGUAGGAAUAGAUUCUCCAAUGGAGGAAUUGAUCACUCCAUAUUUAGGUCUCGGGAACAGUGUUUGCAUGAUAGGGAUUUGUGGCAUGGGGGGGCUGGGAAAGACAACUCUUGCUAGAGUGAUUUAUGAAACAAAAUGUAACCAUUUUGAAGGUUCUAGCUUUAUUGCUAAUAUUAGAGAAGUUUCAGAAAAGCAUGGUUUGGCUCGAUUACAAAAGCAGCUUCUUGCACAAAUUUUGGAGGAAAGCAAUAUAGAUGUAUGGGAUGUUUAUGAUGGAGCUAACAUGAUCAAGAAUAGACUACGUCAUAAAAAAGUUCUACUUGUUCUAGAUAAUGUUAAUCAAUUGGACCAAUUAGAAUUAUUGGCUGGAGAUCAUUGCUGGUUUGGACUGGGAAGUUGGAUCAUCAUUACAACUAGAGAUGAACAUUUGUUGGUCCAACAUGGGGUGCAUAAUAUAUAUAAGCCUAACACUUUAAAUGAUGAUGAUGCUCUGAAACUUUUUUGUUUGAAAGCCUUCAAAAAUGGGAAACCCGAAGGAGAUCAAAUGCAGCUCUCCCAGGAUGUUGUAUACUAUGCUUAUGGUCUUCCAUUAGCUCUCGUAACUUUGGGGUCCUUUAUGGUUGAAAGAACAAUGGACGAGUGGCAAAGUGCAGUGAAGAAUUUGAAAAAAAAUCCCGAAAGAAAAAUAUUUGAUACACUUAAAGUAAGUUACGAUGGACUAAAGGAAAUGUGGAAGGCGAUAUUCCUAGAUGUUGCGUGUUUCUUUAGAGGGAAGAUGAAAGAUCGAGUAAUAGAGAUAUUAGAGAAUUGUGGUUUUGACGCAACAAUUGGUAUAAGAGUUCUCACGGAUAAAUCUCUCAUAACUAUAGAAAACAACAAAUUGUGGAUGCAUGAUCUACUACAAGAAAUGGGUUGGGAAAUUGUCCGUCAAGAAUCAAUUGAAGAACCAGGGAGGCGCAGUAGAUUGUGGCUUCGUGAGGAUUUGUUGCAUGUAUUGAUGAACAAUACGGCAACAAAAGCAAUUCAAGCCAUAGUCCUAGACUCAUUUGAAGGGGAUGAAGCAUGCAGGAAACUUGAAGCCUGUCCUGAAGCUUUUUCAAAGAUGUGUAAUCUUAGAUUGCUUAUAAUUGAUAAUGUGCACAUUCCAAAUGGCCUCAAUCAUCUUUCCAAUAACUUAAGAUUUCUUGAAUGGCAUGGGUAUUCUUCAAAAUGUUUGCCAUCCAGUUUUCAAUCAGAAGAGCUUGUUGAACUUAAAAUGUGGUUUAGCAAAAUUGAAUAUCUAUGGAAAGGUGUAAAGUACUUAAACAACUUAAAACUCAUUGAUCUUGAACUAUCCAAAAACCUUAUUAGAACACCUGACUUCACAGGGGUUCCGAGACUUGAGAGACUAUGUCUUAGAGGUUGCAUAAAUUUGGUUGAGAUCGACCCAUCUAUUGGACAACUCAGUAGGCUUACAGUUCUAAAUUUGGAAUUCUGCCGAUCUCUUACCAACCUUCCUAGCAACAUGGAUAGUUUAAGAUCUCUUGAAAUACUCAUUCUUUUGGGAUGUUCAAAACUUGCCUACCUGCCAGAGAACUUAGGGAAAACCGAACAUUUGAGGGAACUUGAUUUGACUGGAACUGCUAUUAGAGAAGUUCCCUCUUCCAUUAGUUUCUUGAUAUGUCGUGGAUGUGAAAAGCAAUUUUUUAAGUCAAGGCUUGAUAGUGUUUUCUGCGCUCGCUCUUUAAAAUAUUUAUCACUAUCUACAAACAAGCUUGUCUUUGCCCUACCUGCAAGCAUCAGUCAACUUCAGAAAUUGGAAGUUCUUAAUUUGAGCAACUGCAUUCAACUUCACUCAUUGCCAAAGUUUCCAUCAAAUGUGAGACACAUAAAUGCUGAAGGCUGUUCUUCCCUAGAACCAUCACCAGCACUUCUUAGUACGAGCAAUUUGUUACAACCAUUUAUUUCAUUUUUUAAUUGCUUCAAGUUAGUUGAAUAUAAUGAGGACAUUGAUGGUCUGGCAUUUGCAAUACUGAAACAUUACCUAAAGGGACUCAUGUACCCAAAAAUUGGAUAUAGAACUUCUGACAAAAGGAAAGAUAGAUCUGGAGAUGCAUUCAACAUCAUUAUUCCUGGGUUUGAAGUUCCACCAUGGUUAACCCAUCAAAGGUUUGGGUAUUCAAUAAGCAUAGAGCUGCCACCAAAUUGGUGUAAUAGCAGGUGGAUGGGAUUUGCUUUGUGUGCAUUUUUCAGAAUAAAUCGUUCUUGCUAUUCAAGUGAAAGAUAUAGUCUUAAAGGUCACGUGAUAGCUCUUGGUGAUACGCCUCACGGCCCUCACCGUACUUUUGAAGUUGUCAUUGGGGAGACAUCCUUUAAGUAUAGUGUGGGUCAUCUUUGGCUAUUGUAUUUGUCUCGUGAUGAUUGGCCAGCUACAGGUUGGAAUUAUCAAUGCAGUCGGAUUAAGGUUGUAUUUGACACCAAUAGCCCAAGAGUGGAGGUGAUCAAAUGUGCAGUCCGUUUGAUAUAUGAGCAAGACGUGGAAGAGUUCAACCUAACAAUUGCACAAUGCAGCAGUAGCUGCAUCAAUACUUCUGACGGUUGGGAUUAUGUCCACCAUGAAUUUGAAAAUUCAGCAGUAGUAAAGGCUGCCAAAUUUAAGGCAACCUAUGAUGACAAUAGGGAGGCAGAACCUAGUGCAAGUUGGAGCUUUCCUGAGGAAACUGAAGGAGCAAUAGGCAAAACAAAAGAUGAGGAGGAGAGUAUAAGUGAGCAAUUUAGGUGGUCAAAACAAAUGCAAUGUUUGAUAAUUGAGAUACUUGCUAAUGAGGCUACUAAAGGAAAUAAGCCAUCCAAUACAUUUAUGCCUGGAUCAUUCGCUCUAGCAGGCCAAGCAAUUAGUGACAAAUUUGGGGUUGAAUGCCAACCUGAACAUGUGGAAAAUUGUCUUCAAACUAUCAAAGGCAUUUGGAGAAGCAUUACACAACUUUGUAACAGAAAGAAUUGUUUUAGAUGGGAUGACAAUUUGAAAAUGAUUACGUGUGAAAAGAAAGUGUUUGACGAGGAAGUAAUGGCACAUCCUGAUCAUGACCAGUAUUUGAAUAAAAAGAUUGAGAUGUAUGAUGAGAUGGCUUUGCUUUUUGGUAAAGACACAACAAGAUGGAGUUCUGCAAAGUCUUUUAGUGAUGUUGAUUCAGAAAAAAGGAUUGUUGACUUGGAGUCCAAUUGUAAGGACAUUAUUGAUUUUGAGAAGGCGUCAAAAGGGAAACAAGUUAGUUCUUCAAACAUAGCUUUCUCUCAAGCAAGGUCUCAUAGAAAAAGGAGUCGUGCUAAUGUCAACCAAGAUGCUAGUAAUGAUAAGUUUUCCAAACAACUUGGAAAGAUUGAGUUAGCAAUAAAAAAACUCAAAAAAGAUCAACUUGAUGUGAAUGAGCUUUAUGAAGAAGUUAUGAAAAUAAAAAGGUUUGACAAAGUUAUGCUUGAAUCUGCUCUUGACUAUUUGGUAAUUAAUGAAAGGGUAGGAAGGGCAUUCAUGGCCAAAAACACUAGACUACGAACGUUGUGGUUAGAAAGUUUCUUUAACAAAAAUGGUGGAUAUGGGAAUUAGAUGGUAAUGUUUUAAAUUUGUACAAGGAUCUGAACUAAUAAAUCUUACGGAGUAUUAGAAUGAUGGAAAUGUAAGAUGGUUAAACAUUGAUGAUUGA